AUGGAGGACUUCUUUGAUUUUAGCUCCCAAUUAAUGGAAUUGACCCCGUCACGGCCAGUGGAGCAUCUUGGUGAUUCCGAUCUUUCCUUUGGUGGAAAACUACAGCCAGCCCUGAAGAUUCACGAGGAUGGUGGUGAAAGUGGAUGCGGAGGUAAAGUUUGGAUUGCAGGUGAGCUUCUUUGUGAGUUUCUAUUGGAAAAGUCUGAUUCGAAUGGAGUGUUAUCGAAAUGGCAACAUGAAAAAGACUCUCAAAUACCUUUGCAGACUGUUCUCGAGCUGGGGAGUGGGACGGGUCUUGUUGGUCUUUGUCUUGGAAUGAUGUGCAAGUUUCGUUGUGAGGAUUCUCAGAUAUACAUUACUGACAUUGAUCAAUUGGUUCCACUCAUGGAGCGUAACAUCGAACUGAAUAAAAUUCAGAAUAAUGUGAUUGCCAAAAAACUGUGGUGGGGCGAGCCGCUUGAGAGUGUAUUUGCUCCAAAAGAGGGGAUAAGAACGGUUGAUUUGAUCCUGGCAGCAGAUUGCGUUUAUUUGGAAAAAGCAUUCCCACUACUUGAGAAAACUCUCUUGGAUCUUACCGAUUGUGAACAACCACCAGUGGUAUUGAUGAGUUAUAAGAAACGCAGAAAAGCAGAUAAGAACUUUUUCCGCAAUAUCAAAAAGAAUUUCCUUGUUUCUGAAAUAAAAGAUUUCGCACGUUACGAUCAAUACUUGAAACAACGGACACAUUUGUUCCAGUUGAUUAGAAUUACGAAGGCAUGA